AUGUCUCUGAUGCUCUCCGAUAACCUGGCUCCUCAGCCCAUGACUGAUGUCUUCACGGACGACACAUGCAUUGACCGUCGCAAGUGCCACCGGACGGUGCCUAUGAAGGUCCUGGCCCUCGGUGUAGGCCGUACCGGUACUGCCUCUCUCCGCAAGGCUCUGGAACGCCUGGGUUAUGGCAAGUGCUACCACAUGAUGUGCGCCAGUGUAGAGAACCCGCCGGACUGCCUCAUGUGGCAUGAUGCCCUGAACGCCAAGUACGAGGGUGUCGGUGAAUUCGGCCGCAAAGAAUGGGACCAGCUGCUCGGCGACUGCCAGGCCGUGUGCGACUGGCCCGCCUGUGCUUUCGCCAAGGAGCUGAUUGAGGCCUAUCCCAACUCAAAGGUCAUCCUGACCACCCGUGAUGUCGACCCGUGGCACGCCUCUGUCAUGAAGACCGUCUACUGGCGCGUCAGCGACCCCGAGCACAAGUUCGUCUCCAACUUCAGCUGGGCCGCCGGCAUGUACUACCCCAUGCUCAACAAGUUCUUCGAAACCUUCUUCCGCGGUGACUUCCCCGGCAAGGGCAAGCAGGUCUACAACGAGCACGUCGCUCAAGUCCGCAGCCUGGUGCCCGCGGACCGUCUGCUGGAGUACAACAUCAACGACGGCUGGGGUCCCCUCUGCGAGUUCCUCGAGGAGGAGGUACCCGACCACCCCUUCCCCCGUGGCAAUGACAUGGCCGACUUCUACAAGCGCUGCAGCACUCGCAACCGCCACCAGAUGAUGAAUGCUGCUCUGCAGGCCGUCACCAUGGGCGGUGCCCUCCUGGCCACUGGCUUCGCCGCCACCAUGGCCUUUAAGCGUUUCUCUCGGUAA